ACCAAGAUGAAACAAGCAUGGAGGAUAACAUAGACCAUAUCCUUGAACACGAACAGUUUAUAAAAGUGGGGGACAUUAAAAAACCUACAAAACCCGCCCCAUCAGCUCAACAACGAAAAGAAUCCAAAUUAAAUACCGAAAGCGCGGAUCAAUUGAAUACGCGAAAAUCCGCUUUGACGUUAAGCUCAAACUGCACCAAAUCGCACAACCAUCUGAUCUCGAAGUACAAUGUAACAAAACAUCGGGAGUCGGACGUGGUUCUUCAAUUUGACGACAUGUCCAUGAUGUUCGAGGAAGAUGAGCUCAUCUCUGAUUACACUGAUGACGCUGUGCUGUCCAGAAGAAAGCGUAAAGUUGCGAACCCUAUCGAGUAUAGUGGCACCGGACCAAUCGCUUACGCUGAGGUCAAACUUCAAGGCAAUCUUGUAGGCGCGCAAGCGGAUCAUGAUUCCGCAGAAAACAAGGCUUUCAGAUCGCACAUUGAAGUUGCUAUGAUGAAGUUCUUGCAAACACUGCAACCAAACAAAAAAUUCUCUGUAGAAGUUAUGAGGUUGAGGAGUGGCAGCAUUAUAGCUGAAGUAGAUUUAAUCUUUGACUUCCCGACUGUUGAAAUGGCUAAUUCAUUGAUUGAGAUGCAGAAGCAAGGUUCUCUAAACAUUAACGGAAUAAAUUACCGUGUUGAAGAUAUUCAAAUGAAGGCCAGCGGUCAAACAACCACAGUUCCACUCAUAUGUUACAACUGUAUACCUGGACAUCAGGUAUGUGAACAAGGAUCAGCAAACCAGUGGUCCUGCGUUGUUAAUUCUACUUUCUUCUACUCUUAUGGAAGAAGCCAAGGUGAUGACACACUACAAAAAGAUGCUGAGUUUGCCACCAAAAGAAUAGAAUUUCCCAAUUUAUUACCCUGGGAUAAUCAAUUAGUGAGAUUCAUCUGGAUUUCUGUAAAUGGUUUAAUUAGUAUUGGAGAAGAAUUUGCAAGUUAUAAUCCUGACAGAAACAUUUUCCGAAGUAAAAGAGUGAUUUAUCCUUAUUGGACUGACCUGGAUAGUGUAUCCUCAGAUAGAGGGCAGGUGUUUUAUCAGGUGUAUACAAGUAGCAGGAGCGAUGAGAAAACUAAACAUGUACUGAACAGAGCAAGAAAUGAUGUUGAAAAAUACUCAAGUCAAUCUUUUACCCCAUCUACUGUUGUUGUUGCAACAUGGAAUGACAUCCCCCCAUGGCCAGCAUCCUCCAGUUCAACUGAGCGAGUUACUUUUCAGUGUAUAAUUAUCACUGAUGGCUUCACAUCUUAUACAAUGUUCCUGUAUGGACAAGGUGUCAUGUCAUUAAGCAUUGCUAAACAACGAGCAGUGGAAGUUGGAUGGGGUCGUGUUAACUUAGACUCCAGAUAUAACUACUACAUUUUUGACCAAGUGACUGGCAAUACUGGUUUACCUGGAGCUUGGUUUUACAAAAUUGGAGAGAAAGAAAAUUUCAGAGAGAAGUGUGUGCAAUGGUUUUCUGAAAACAUGUGGAGCUAUCAAUCAUUGAUGUGGUGGAACAGGGCUAUACCUCAGUGUCCAUGCAAUGAAUUUUCUGCCUUGUUUAGUGGGACAUGGUUACCUUCCUUUGAACAGUCACAGUGUUAUGAUAUAUUUCCCAGUUUUGGACGUUUUGGGAGGCGAUGUUGUUACAGAGGAAAUAGUAUAGAAAACAGAAUGCCUAUUGCUGGCAGCUUGCAGGUAUCGACACCUUAUUUUGGAGACUAUUACUCACAUGAAUUGUUGGACAACCAGCCUAAGAGAUGGUGCUGUGAUCAAUCAGAUUUGUGUCAGCUAUACUACACUGUCAGACCUCAAGCAGCAUGCAGUCCAUUCUUCCCGUUUAGAAGUUUUGGUUUUGGAGACCCACAUAUUGUUACAUUAGAUCAGUUGACAUACAUUUUUAAUGGACUUGGAGAGUUUCAACUUACUCACAUAGUGGGUGUUGCUAUUGGUGAUACAAACAAUACAGAUUUUAAAAUGCAGAGUCGUACAUGCAGAGCUUCAAACAGUAAUGGAACUUUGACGGAUGCAACAAUUUGGUGUGGCCUUGCUUUUCGUACAACUUCUAAUGAAACUGUGAGAAUCGAAAUAGUAGAAGCUCCUGAACCUUAUAUGAGCAUAUAUGCCAACAACCAAGAUUUUUCUGUCGGAUUUCGAGACAAUGCCAAUUUUACGGUGAAACAGCAGGGGCUUUACCUUAGAAGAUUGAAUGACUCUCUUAAAAUAUCUACCUCUGAUAGUAUAGGUGUAACAAUUUCACUGGCAAAUAGAAUGUUGGAAUUUAGUCUUGAAAUUGAUAGCAAAUUUAAAGGAAUGCCUCGAGGUCUACUGGGAAAUUUUAAUGAUGAUAAAUCAGAUGAGUUCAUCUUCCCCAAUGGGACACAACUCUCAAACUCUUCAUCUGAAAGGGCAAUUUAUGCAUAUGGAUUAACAUGGGCUAUUACCUCCGCAGCUGACAGUUUAUUUUUUUAUGGAUUUGGACAAAGCCCAGCCACAUUUACAAAUACUAGUUUUGUGCCCAUAUUUUUGGAUGAGGUAAAUGCUACUGUCAGGUCUGAGGCUGAGCGAGUUUGUGACAGUUCAACUAACCUCCCAUGUAUUUUUGACUUUAUUGCAACAAGAAAUGAACAACUAGCAAAAAGUACCAUGGCAGCAGCUUCUUCAUUUGAAAAAGAAGUCCAGUCAGUGUCCAACCGUGCACCAGUUAUCAAUGGUACAAGCAACAUUGUGGUCACUGUAAAUGAGACCAUCACUUUUGAGUUAGUUGGAUCGGAUGCAGAUAAUGAUAAUAUCAGUUUUGUAAAAAUUGAAGCUCCAGCUGUUGGCUUUAAUUAUAUCUCAAUCAAUGAUAGCUUUAUAGCCAAUUUUACUCCAAAAAAUAUAGAAGUUACAUCAAUUAGUAUUGUAGCUACUGACAGCAAAGGUAUUUCAUCUGAAGUGAUUAAGAUGAGCAUUACCAUUUGCAGUGGGUGUAACGGUCAUGGCAUUUGUAACUUUACAGAGAUACUUAACCAAGUUUCACCUUAUUUUACUGUAGUUACAUGUGAAUGUAACCCUGGCUACGAUGGUGACCACUGCGAGCAUGACAUGGACGGCUGUGCCAACAAUCCAUGUCCACAACAAACUACAUGCACUGACAUGUCUGCUGAGAGUGAAUUGGCAACAGGAAAAUCUUACUUCUGCAGCAACUGCCCAACUGGUUUUCAGUUAGGUCAAAAUGGCACUAAGUGUGAAGAUGUCAAUGAGUGCCUAGUUAAUGGAACAAAUCCAUGUGGCUUAAACACAUACUGUACCAACACUUUUGGUGGCUAUACAUGUACAUGUGUUGAAGGAUUUAGGAAGUCAGGGGAUAGGUGUGUGGAUAUCAAUGAAUGUAUUGAGAAUCAACAUAACUGUGAACAAGUGUGCAUCAAUCUGGUGCCUUUAUUUAAAUGUGAUUGUUUAGAGGGGUUCAAAAUAUCAGGAUCUGCUCAAAAUAGCUGCACUAGACUAACCCAAAUAGACCCAUGUGCCAACAUAAGCAGUCAACCGUGUGAAUAUGGCUGCACUAAUGCCACUGGGGCACCAAAAUGUUUCUGCAAAGUUGGGGAAAAGCUGUCUACUAAUGGUUAUUCAUGUGAAGAUAUUGAUGAGUGUGCUGAAAAACUCUGCUCACAAGACUGUACAAACUCAAUUGGAAGUUACAGUUGCUCUUGUUUUGAUGGCUUCAAAAUUAGUGACCAAGACAAAUUAAGCUGUGAACCUUGUACUGGUAAUAAAUAUGGAAAGAACUGUGAACAGACUUGUGAAUGUAGAGGGCGGUCUACUGCUUGUGACCGCAUCAAAGGUUGUAUCUGUGAACCAAGCUGGACAGGGACAUCCUGUGAGAUUGAUGUUGAUGAAUGUUUUUUUAAUUUGGACAACUGUAGACCAGACCAGAUCUGUACCAACACUAAUGGUUCUUUCACUUGCACUUGUCCAAGGGGCUAUGAUGAUGUCAAUGGAACGUGCUCAAAUGUUAAUGAGUGUUUAAAUCCUUUAAAUGAUUGUGCUAAAACCCUUCAUAGUGUUUGUGUGGAUAACCCUGGCUCAUUUAGUUGCAUGUGCAAGGAUGGAUAUAUUUUUGUCAACAACACUUGUCAAGAUAUUAAUGAGUGUAGUACAGAAGUUAAUGGCUGUGAACAUAACUGUGUCAAUAUGCUUGGAAGUUACAACUGUGAAUGUUUCCCUGGAUUUGUUUUAGGUUUAGACAGAAAGAAAUGUUCUACAGCUUUUGAGGUAUGUGCAAAUGCAAAUCUAAAUUGUAGUCAUGGAUGCACAAUUAUAAAUGGAACAACUCAAUGUUUUUGUGAAAGAGGUUACAUUCUCAUGGAUAAUCGCAUCAACUGCAUAGAUAUUAAUGAGUGUGAAACAUCAGAGAACAUGUGCUCUGACAACUGUACAAACUCACCAGGAUCUUACAAUUGCUCAUGUCCUAAUGGAAAGAGGCUUCAGAAUGAUAGACGUACUUGCCAAGUUUGUGAUGAUUUCCAUUGGGGCUAUAACUGUGAAAAUACCUGCAGCUGCAACCCUGUAGGCACCUCAAAAUGUGACCCAGUAAAUGGAUGUAUUUGCAUGAAAGGCUUUACAGGAAUUACAUGCUAUGAUGAUAUUAAUGAAUGCAGCAAUGCGACAAUUUGCCCACAAAAUUCUGUUUGCAAUAACACAGUUGGAUCAUACCACUGCAGAUGUCAGGUUGGGUUCAGGCUUGAAAACAACUCCUGUGUUAAUAUUAAUGAAUGUAUCACAUCAAGACCUUGUGACCAUAUUUGUAAUGACACCUAUGGUAGCUACACCUGCUCUUGUCACAGAGGGUUUCAAUCUGUUGGUGAUAAAUGCAUAGAUAUUGAUGAGUGCAGUAAUUCAACACUGAACACUUGUGAACAAAUCUGUAGAAACACUCAAGGUGGCUAUGCAUGUGACUGUAAUGAGGGUUUCGUUCUUAAUGUUACAACAAGAACAACAUGCAAUGCUUGUGAUGCAAGUUAUUUUGGAAAAGACUGUGCCAACCAAUGUAAAUGUAAUAUGACCAACACAGUUGAUUGUAAUGAUGUUACAGGGUUUUGUACUUGUAAGGCUGGAUGGAGUAAUGACACAUGUAAUACAGCUUGUGAUGAAACACAUUUUGGAAACAACUGCUCCAACACUUGCAGCUGUAAUAUGACAAACACAUUAGACUGUGAUCAUGUGACAGGAGCUUGUACAUGUAAACCAGGCUGGAGUGGGGAUACAUGUAAUAAAGAGUGUGAUGCAACUCACUAUGGUGAAAACUGUUCCUACGCAUGCAGCUGUAAUAUGACAAACACACAUGAAUGUGAUGAUGCAACAGGAGCUUGCACGUGUAACCCAGGAUGGAGCGGGAAUGACUGCAAUGCAGCUUGUGAUACAACCCACUAUGGUACAAACUGUACACAAAUAUGUCAAUGUGUUGAGGCAAACACUGCUGACUGUAGUGACAUAAAUGGAACUUGCACAUGUAAACUUGGUUGGACUGGCACCAAAUGUGACACAGACAUUGAUGAAUGUGGGAACACAAGUUACUGUCCAGACCCACAUGAUUCUUGUUACAAUGUAAAUGGCACUGCCCAAUGUAGAUGUGAUGAGGGAUUUGUGCUGUCAAAUCUUACUUGUCAAGCUUGUGAUACAACACAUUAUGGUACAAACUGCUCCACACAAUGUCAGUGUGUCAUAGCAAACACUGCUGACUGUAAUGACACAAAUGGAGCUUGCACUUGCAAACAAGGCUGGAAUGGAAUCUUUUGUCAAACAGACAUUGAUGAAUGUCUAAAUUCAAGUUACUGUCCAGACCCACAUGAUUAUUGUUACAAUCUAAAUGGCAGUGCUGAAUGUAGAUGUGAUGUAGGGUUUACAAAACCAAGUUCUAGUGCACUUUGUCAAGUUUGCAAUGGGACACAUUAUGGUGUCAACUGCUCACUUCCAUGUGGCUGUGUACUGAGCAACACAAUUGACUGUAAUGAGACAGAUGGGUCUUGUAGAUGUAAAACUGGUUGGACUGGCACCAAAUGUGACACAGACAUUAAUGAAUGUGGGAACACAAGUUACUGUCCAGACCCACAUGAUUCUUGUUACAAUCUAAAUGGCACUGCUGAAUGUAGAUGUGAUGUAGGGUUUACAAAACCAAGUUCUAGUGCACUUUGCCAAGCCUGUGAUGCUACACAUUAUGGUACAAACUGUUCAAAUACUUGUCUCUGUAUUGUGGCAAACACUGCUGAUUGUAAUGACACCUUUGGAACUUGCACAUGUAAAACUGGUUGGACUGGAACCAACUGUGAUCUAGAUAUUGAUGAGUGCAGCAACUCUAGUUAUUGUGGCCAACAUGAAGAAUGUCACAAUUUGAAUGGUUCUGCUGAAUGCAGAUGUGUGUCAGGAUAUCAGAAACUCACACCUGGUGCUCUGUGCCAAGUUUGCAAUGGGACACAUUAUGGUGUCAACUGCUCACUUCCAUGUGGCUGUGUACUGAACAACACAAUUGACUGUAAUGAGACAGAUGGGUCUUGUAGAUGUAAAACUGGUUGGACUGGCACCAAAUGUGACACAGACAUUAAUGAAUGUCUAAAUACAAGUUACUGUCCAGACCCACAUGAUUCUUGUUACAAUCUAAAUGGCACUGCCCAAUGUAGAUGUGAUGAUGGAUUUGUCUUUUCUGCUCUUAAUUCAUCAUGUCAAGCUUGUGAUACAACACAUUAUGGUACAAACUGCUCCACACAAUGUCAGUGUGUCAUAGCAAACACUGCUGACUGUAAUGACACAAAUGGAGCUUGCAUUUGCAAACAGGGCUGGAAUGGAUUCUUUUGUCAAACAGACAUUGAUGAAUGUCUAAAUUCAAGUUACUGUCCAGACCCACAUGAUUAUUGUUACAAUUUAAAUGGCAGUGCUGAAUGUAGAUGUGAUGUAGGGUUUACAAAACCAAGUUCUAGUGCACUUUGUCAAGCUUGUGAUGCUACACAUUAUGGUACAAACUGUUCAAGUACUUGUCUCUGUAUUGUGGCAAACACUGCUGAUUGUAACGACACCUUUGGAACUUGCACAUGUAAAACUGGUUGGACUGGAACCAACUGUGAUCUAGAUAUUGAUGAGUGCAGCAACUCUAGUUAUUGUGGCCAACAUGAAGAAUGUCACAAUUUGAAUGGUUCUGCUGAAUGCAGAUGUGUGUCAGGAUAUCAGAAACUCACACCUGGUGCUCUGUGCCAAGUUUGCAAUGGGACACAUUAUGGUGUCAACUGCUCACUUCCAUGUGGCUGUGUACUGAACAACACAAUUGACUGUAAUGAGACAGAUGGGUCUUGUAGAUGUAAAACUGGUUGGACUGGCACCAAAUGUGACACAGACAUUAAUGAAUGUCUAAAUACAAGUUACUGUCCAGACCCACAUGAUUCUUGUUACAAUCUAAAUGGCACUGCCCAAUGUAGAUGUGAUGAUGGAUUUGUCUUUUCUGCUCUUAAUUCAUCAUGUCAAGCUUGUGAUACAACACAUUAUGGUACAAACUGCUCCACACAAUGUCAGUGUGUCAUAGCAAACACUGCUGACUGUAAUGACACAAAUGGAGCUUGCAUUUGCAAACAGGGCUGGAAUGGAUUCUUUUGUCAAACAGACAUUGAUGAAUGUCUAAAUUCAAGUUACUGUCCAGACCCACAUGAUUAUUGUUACAAUUUAAAUGGCAGUGCUGAAUGUAGAUGUGAUGUAGGGUUUACAAAACCAAGUUCUAGUGCACUUUGUCAAGUUUGCAAUGGGACACAUUAUGGUGUCAACUGCUCACUUCCAUGUGGCUGUGUACUGAGCAACACAAUUGACUGUAAUGAGACAGACGGGUCUUGUAGAUGUAAAACUGGUUGGACUGGCACCAAAUGUGACACAGACAUUGAUGAAUGUGGGAACACAAGUUACUGUCCAGACCCACAUGAUUCUUGUUACAAUCUAAAUGGCACUGCUGAAUGUAGAUGUGAUGUAGGGUUUACAAAACCAAGUUCUAGUGCACUUUGCCAAGCUUGUGAUGCUACACAUUAUGGUACAAACUGUUCAAGUACUUGUCUCUGUAUUGUGGCAAACACUGCUGAUUGUAACGACACCUUUGGAACUUGCACAUGUAAAACUGGUUGGACUGGAACCAACUGUGAUCUAGAUAUUGAUGAGUGCAGCAACUCUAGUUAUUGUGGCCAACAUGAAGAAUGUCACAAUUUGAAUGGUUCUGCUGAAUGCAGAUGUGUGUCAGGAUAUCAGAAACUCACACCUGGUGCUCUGUGCCAAGUUUGCAAUGGGACACAUUAUGGUGUCAACUGCUCACUUCCAUGUAGCUGUGUACUGAACAACACAAUUGACUGUAAUGAGACAGAUGGGUCUUGUAGAUGUAAAACUGGUUGGACUGGCACCAAAUGUGACACAGACAUUGAUGAAUGUCUAAAUACAAGUUACUGUCCAGACCCACAUGAUUCUUGUUACAAUCUAAAUGGCACUGCCCAAUGUAGAUGUGAUGAUGGAUUUGUCUUUUCUGCUCUUAAUUCAUCAUGUCAAGCUUGUGAUACAACACAUUAUGGUACAAACUGCUCCACACAAUGUCAGUGUGUCAUAGCAAACACUGCUGACUGUAAUGACACAAAUGGAGCUUGCAUUUGCAAACAGGGCUGGAAUGGAUUCUUUUGUCAAACAGACAUUGAUGAAUGUCUAAAUUCAAGUUACUGUCCAGACCCACAUGAUUAUUGUUACAAUUUAAAUGGCAGUGCUGAAUGUAGAUGUGAUGUAGGGUUUACAAAACCAAGUUCUAGUGCACUUUGUCAAGUUUGCAAUGGGACACAUUAUGGUGUCAACUGCUCACUUCCAUGUGGCUGUGUACUGAGCAACACAAUUGACUGUAAUGAGACAGACGGGUCUUGUAGAUGUAAAAUUGGUUGGACUGGCACCAAAUGUGACACAGACAUUAAUGAAUGUCUAAACACAAGUUACUGUCCAGACCCACAUGAUUCUUGUUACAAUCUAAAUGGCACUGCUGAAUGUAGAUGUGAUGUAGGGUUUACAAAACCAAGUUCUAGUGCACUUUGCCAAGCUUGUGAUGCUACACAUUAUGGUACAAACUGUUCAAAUACUUGUCUCUGUAUUGUGGCAAACACUGCUGAUUGUAAUGACACCAUUGGAACUUGCACAUGUAAAACUGGUUGGACUGGCACCAAAUGUGACACAGACAUUGAUGAAUGUGGGGACACAAGUUACUGUCCAGACCCACAUGAUUCUUGUUACAAUCUAAAUGGCAGUGCUGAAUGUAGAUGUGAUGUAGGGUUUACAAAACCAAGUUCUAGUGCACUUUGCCAAGCUUGUGAUGCUACCCAUUAUGGUACAAAUUGUUCAAAUACUUGUCUCUGUAUUGUGGCAAACACUGCUGAUUGUAAUGACACCAUUGGAACUUGCACAUGUAAAACUGGUUGGACUGGAACCAACUGUGAUCUAGAUAUUAAUGAGUGCAGCAACUCUAGUUAUUGUGGCCAACAUGAAGAAUGUCACAAUUUGAAUGGUUCUGCUGAAUGCAGAUGUGUGUCAGGAUAUCAGAAACUCACACCUGGUGCUCUGUGCCAAGUUUGCAAUGGGACACAUUAUGGUGUCAACUGCUCACUUCCAUGUGGCUGUGUACUAAACAACACAGUUGACUGUAAUGAGACAGAUGGGUCUUGUAGAUGUAAAACUGGUUGGACUGGCACCAAAUGUGACACAGACAUUGAUGAAUGUGGGGACACAAGUUACUGUCCAGACCCACAUGAUUCUUGUUACAAUCUAAAUGGCAGUGCUGAAUGUAGAUGUGAUGUAGGGUUCACAAAACCAAGUUCUAGUGCACUUUGCCAAGCUUGUGAUGCUACCCAUUAUGGUACAAACUGUUCAAAUACUUGUCUCUGUAUUGUGGCAAACACUGCUGAUUGUAAUGACACCAUUGGAACUUGCACAUGUAAACCUGGUUGGACUGGAACCAACUGUGAUCUAGAUAUUAAUGAGUGCAGCAACUCUAGUUAUUGUGGCCAACAUGAAGAAUGUCACAAUUUGAAUGGUUCUGCUGAAUGCAGAUGUGUGUCAGGAUAUCAGAAACUCACACCUGGUGCUCUGUGCCAAGUUUGUGAUGCAAAUCAUUAUGGAUCAAACUGCAACAAAACUUGCAGCUGUAAUAUGACAAACACAGUUGACUGUGAUGAUGUGUCAGGUGAUUGUACAUGUAAACCAGGAUGGAGUGGAGCCAAUUGUAAUACAGUUUGUGAUGCAAAUCAUUAUGGAUCAAACUGCAACAAAACUUGCAGCUGUAAUAUGACAAACACAGUUGACUGUGAUGAUGUGUCAGGAGAUUGUACAUGUAAACCAGGAUGGAGUGGAGCCAAUUGUAAUACAGUUUGUGAUGCAAAUCAUUAUGGAUCAAACUGCAACAAAACUUGCAGCUGUAAUAUGACAAACACAGUUGACUGUGAUGAUGUGUCAGGUGAUUGUACAUGUAAACCAGGAUGGAGUGGAGCCAAUUGUAAUACAGUUUGUGAUGCAAAUCAUUAUGGAUCAAACUGCAACAAAACUUGCAGCUGUAAUAUGACAAACACAGUUGACUGUGAUGAUGUGUCAGGUGAUUGUACAUGUAAACCAGGAUGGAGUGGAGCCAAUUGUAAUACAGUUUGUGAUGCAAAUCAUUAUGGAUCAAACUGCAACAAAACUUGCAGCUGUAAUAUGACAAACACAGUUGACUGUGAUGAUGUGUCAGGUGAUUGUACAUGUAAACCAGGAUGGAGUGGAGCAAAUUGUAAUACAGUUUGUGAUACAACUCAUUUUGGAGCAAACUGCAACAACACCUGCAGCUGUAAUAUGACAAACACAGUUGAUUGUGAUGAUGUUUCAGGUGCUUGUACAUGUAAAACAGGAUGGAAUGGGCCCAUGUGCAAUUCUGUUUGUAAUGCAACUCAUUAUGGAGCAAACUGCAGCAUCCCAUGCAACUGUAAUAUGACAAACACAUUUGACUGUGAUGAUGUCUCAGGAGCUUGUACAUGUAAACCAGGAUGGAGUGGAACCAUUUGUAAUACAGUUUGUGAUGCAAAUCAUUAUGGAUCAAACUGCAACAAAACUUGCAGCUGUAAUAUAACAAACACAGUUGACUGUGAUGAUGUGUCAGGUGAUUGUACAUGUAAACCAGGAUGGAGUGGAACCAUUUGUAAUACAGUUUGUGAUGCAAAUCAUUAUGGAUCAAACUGCAACAAAACUUGCAGCUGUAAUAUGACAAACACAGUUGACUGUAAUGAUGUCUCAGGUGAUUGUACAUGUAAACCAGGAUGGAGUGGAGCAAAUUGUAAUACAGCUGAAAUUGCAACAUACCAUGCUAGGAUUAUCAUUAACUACGAUUUCCCAGACAAUGAUACAUCUUUAGUAGAUAAUACAACAGAAAAAUAUUGGGACCUCAAGAACAAAAUUGAAAAUCAUCUCAACAAUUUAGGUCAGUUAUUGGGUCAAGGCAAAUUUGUUAGAACCAUCGUAAUUGGAAUCCGCAAAGGAUCACUGAUUGUUGAUACAAUGAUUGAAAUGAGUAAUAAAACUGAAGAAAACCCAGAUAUCUAUGCAGCAGCUGUUUUAUCAGGAUAUGUAGUGUCAGCUACUUUUGAAAUAAAUAACAAGACCUACCCUGCUCAGGUAGUCACAACACAAGAAUACAACUAUACCAAAGACAGUAGUGUGUGUGAUAUAUUCAAUGCAUUGUCAGGUUGUGAAAACAACUCUGUGUGCAUUGUUAGUGAAAAUAACCUACCAGUGUGUCCAUCUUGUGAUGCAACUCAUUAUGGAGCAAACUGCAGCUUUUCUUGCAGCUGUAAUAUGACAAACACUCAAGAUUGUAAUGAUGCGACUGGAGCUUGUACAUGUAAACCUGGAUGGAGUGGGGCUAUUUGUAAUACAGCCUGCGGUCAAAAUAUGUAUGGAGUAAACUGUUCUAACACCUGUAACUGUGUAGCAACAAACACCCAACAGUGUGAUAGAUUUACAGGAAAAUGUACUUGUAAACCUGGAUGGUUUGGUACAAAUUGCAGUACUGCUGUGACAGCUGAGGCCAACCAUGACCUAACCAUUGGUCUGGCUGUUGGCAUCCCAUUGUUUGUGAUCCUGGCUGUGACUGUGGCAGUCAUUGUGUGGUGUUGCAUCAAGAGGAAAUCUGCUAAUCAAACACAGGGCAGCACUCCUUCACUAGAUCGUGAUGCACCAUUUAGAAGUAUAUUCGCCACCCAAAUAGCCACCAAAGGCUCGUGGGGCACCCCAUCACUGUACUCACCUGAUGCUUACUCUGAAGCUGGAACAAGUGAGGGCAGCAGGGAUGGUAAACUGAUUAGAGGCAAGCGCUCAGGAUUCAAAGACUCUGCCUGGUAUGAUGGUCAAGGGACAUCAGCUAGUCGGGACACCAUGAAGGAAAGAAAUGCACCCAAACCUGAAGGCCAGACUGCAAACUUUUCUUGGGAAUACAUGUUUAAACUUUUGGAACCUCACAAGGAUUUUGAAAUUGUUAGACCUAACUACAGCCCAUCACCAAACCCGGCAUACGUACCAAAGAACAAGAAGGGCGACUCUAACGCAUAACGUUGUUACCUUGUGUUGUUUCACAUUCAGCUGUUGAAUAUGCUGUUGAUAUCUGGUCAUAAUCUCAUUCCAAAACAUUGCAACUGGUUUUGCUAAUGUACUUUAACAAAUGUAUGCAUAUGUUGAUAAAAAAAUGGUCUUUUAAAAUGAAUUUUUUAAUGAAGUUGCAUUGAAAAUUUUGUAUGGUGAUGCUAUAGCUCAUGAAAAGGGAUGUGAAUCUAAGAUAGCACUUGAAACCAUGAUACCUAUUGUGGCAAUGUCUGUGGUUGAUUUGUUGCUGCCUAUUAUGUUCUUCUAAUAUUUAUUGAUGAAAUUGGUUGGAAAAGAGGCAUGAAAAGACUUCAAUUGUGAGUAAACAUAAGAUAUACAUUUUUCAUAAGGAUUUGUUUCAUUUACUAGAUGUCAGAUAAAUAGGUUUGCAAAUCACUGACUACGUUGAGCUACUAUUCAUUGAUGCCACUAGGUAAAAUAUUUAUUCACAUUAAUUUUGGUGCCCUAAGAACAGACUAGUUUUGGUGUUCUAUUAGGAGGCUAUUUUAAUAACCUCUUGUCAUGCUAAGAUUAGUGUCUGAAGCCACACAAUAAUCAUAAAGUCUCACUAGUUGUUUUGUCUUUCAAUACUUAAAAACUUAACUGACCUCUGAUUGUUUUAAACUAUUUUUUUUUCUCUAUUUAUAUUUUAUCCAUAAAAUAAAACUGGUAUGAAUACAUUCGAUUCCUUUUUAAAAAUAUGAAAACAAUUUAUAAGAAACAGAUGAACUCUACUUUAUUUGCCCCAUGUGUCUUGGGCAUAAAUGGGAAAUGAUGAUGAUUUAUAUGUAACAGAUCUCCACUUUUUAUAUCUGUGCUUUAAUUUAAAAACAAAUUAAAUGUAUUAUACUGAGUAAAUGUGUUUAAGAUUAAAUUGUGAUCGAUUUUUUGGUGAUUCACAACAAUUGCAAGCACUGCUCUCUAUAUUGUAAUGCAUUUACAUGUUGAUAAGUGUUCAGAAAUUCUGUCAUUAGUUGAUCAUCUUCAAAUCUUUUUUUCAAAAAUGCAAAACAUUGUCAACUGUUUGAUUUAGAAUCUGUUCGACCAUAUUGUGAUUUAAAUAAUAUUUGGCAAUAAUAAUAAUUAUAAACUUAUAUCCUGCUUUUUUAAAUUUUAUUUUCAGGGAUUCCUUAAUUUAAUAGCUAGCCUUAAUGAUGUGCUUUAGCCUUAGAUAAUGUGGAUUGUUUCUGUUGAUGAGUUAUUCUUUGUUAAAAAAGAUGGUCUUUUUCUGUCUUUUUAUAAUACAAAGAAGACUACAAUUCAAAAAUCAUUUUGAAGUUAAUUUAGGCUAUAAUAUCAUCUGUUCAUCAACAUUUUGUCAAUUUGAAUAUUAUUUGUCUUCCAUUUGGUUUGUUAAUGUUGUAAUUUAUUUGAAAUCCAUUAUGUUAGCAAUAUGGCAUGAUCAAAAUUAUACAUAUAUAUUUUACGUGUACAUACAUUGCUCAUUGAAUGUAAUAAUAAACUAUGCAAUAUAUACAUAUUUAUUUUCAUUUACAUUAUUUUCUUUAUAUUUUUGGAAAUAUUUAUUGAAACUACUUUUGAUGUAACAGUGUAACAUGUUAAUAAAUGUAAGUGCUGACUGUGUGAUAAUAAAUGUUUAGUGUAUAUACAUAUUUCUAUACAUUAUAGAACUGAUAUUAUGUUUAAUCAUUUUCUUGGUAAUGGAACUUAUUACUUUAAAAAUUAAAAUUGUAAAAAAAAAAAAUCCAAAAAUACUAUUUUUAGAUUUUUAGUUAUGUUUAUAAACUAUUUAAACUUGAUAUAAUGUCAACAAAAUGAUUGUGUUAUGUAACAUCAUAUUUUUAUAUCUAGCUACCACAUAUGGAAAAAGAAAAAACAUAUUAACCAACUUGAUUUAGUACUUAUUUUUUUUGAUUUUUCAAAUGUAAUAUCAAAAUAAAUUUGAUUGAAAAAAAAAUUAAAAUCAAUAAUUAUUACACCUUGUAUAUUUAUAACUAAGUUUAUAACUCUUCUUUCCUUAUUAAUCAAUUUUUUUUGGUAAAAUUGAAGUUUAGUUCAGUUUAUAUUUAACAUUCAUACAAAAGAAAUAUUUUUGAAUAUUUGUUUGAAAAUUCUAGAAUGUGGACUAAUAGAUUAUUACAUCUUGUUGGUUUAAGGCCAAAAAAUGUUACUUUUGACAAAUAUUCUACAUGUUGCAACUGUUUUUUAAACUGAUUUACCA